AUGGGUGUUGUUGGAUCAUUGCCUUCUCCACUUCCAGCAUCUACAUCAAAUAAUACCACAGAACUAUCACAUGAAGAAGCAGUAGAUGAAUGCAGCUACUCUAUUAUGACGAUGGAUACCAAUGAUAUGCAUAAGAACUUGCCAACAAAUUCAAAUGUUAAUGAUGAUGAUAAUAAAUCUGAUGAUCAAAAGUGUUCUAUACCGAAAGCUCCUGUAACUUUAACAUAUGGUCCUAUAAAUGUAACUGUUCGUCCAUCUGCGGCACCAACAUUAGCAACAGGACGUCGUUCAAAAUUUGCUAAACUUGAAGGUGAUGCAGCUAUAAAACGUGAAAUACGACGUAAAAGAAAUCGUGAAGCAGCAAGAAAAUUAAAAGAAAAACGAGAAUUUAUUGAACGACAAUUAGAACUAAAAAUUAGUGAAUUAGAAUCUCAACAACAAGAUUUAUUAAUGACAGUUAAAAAUCUUGAAUUAUAUAAAGGACAACUUGAAAUACAAUAUCGACAAGUUAUUUCUCUUCAAGCAAAACUUUCUGAAAAAGCCAUGUUAACCUUAAAACAAGUUGAACGCAAUCGACAAAUAUAUCAAAGUGUUCCUGUUUAUCAUAAUAAUAAUGCACGUAUAAAACAAGAACCACGUCCUUCAUCACCACAAUGGCAAUUACUUUUUAGUAUUUAA